CUGCGGGCCUGGCUUGGCGCGUGCUCGGGAGAAGUUACCCUGGGGGUUCCGCACGCUCCUCUGCACGAGGUGAGGGCGGUAUGGAGGCCUCGGCGUCGACCCCAGCCUCAGCCUCGCCUCCGGCGACCCCGGCCGCAGCGGACCCGCGGCUGGAGCUGAGCAAAACACAGGUUAAAAAAGCAGUGAAAGCUCUAUUGGCACAUUCACAGUCCAGAAAAAAUGCUAAUGAAGUGCUUCUGAAUGAGAAUGAAACUUUAUUUUUGAUGGUGGUGUUAUGGAAAAUUCCAAAGAAGGAGCUGAGAGUCAGAUUGUCCUUGCCUUAUGCUAUUCGAUCAGAUUUAGCAGAAGUCUGUUUAUUUACCAAGGAUGAACCCAAUUUAACUCCUGAAAAAACAGAACAUUUCUAUAGGAAUCUGUUGAACAAGCAUAAAAUUAAGACCAUUUCUCAGAUUAUCCCCCUCCGAACUUUAAAAAAGGAAUAUAAACCCUAUGAAGCCAAGCUCCGCCUCUUGGGUAGUUUUGAUUUCUUCCUUACUGAUGCAAGAAUCAGGAGGCUUUUACCCUCAAUUAUAGGGAAACAUUUCUACCUCAGAAAGAAAGUCCCAGUAUGUGUAAACCUCCUGGCCAAGGAUUUAUCAAAAGAAAUCAAUGACUGUAUUGGUGGAACUGUCAUGAACAUCUCUAAAAAUGGUUCUUGCAGCACCAUCCGCGUUGGUCACACUGGAAUGAUGGUCCAGCACAUUGUUGAAAACAUCGUUGCUGUCACAAAAGGGCUUUCAGAAAAAUUGCCAGAGAAGUGGAAGAGUGUGAAACUCUUAUACCUGAAAACUGAGAAAUCAGUUGCCCUUCCAAUCUUCUCUUCAUUCGUCAGUGCUUUUUAUGAAGGAGAAGGAGGACCCCUUCCUGGCCAGAAGAAAAAAGAGGCAAAGAAAAAACAAAAAGAAAAGCUCCAAAAAAAGAAGGAAAAGAAAAGGAGAAAAAGGGAAAUGCAACAGGCUGCAAAGACUAAAAAGACUAAAUCAGCCCAAAAUGAAGAUAAAGCGGCAGCUGAAGUCAGUGGUGCUCCAGCGAAGAGCCCCAGAGAGGAAGAGGAGAUCCACAGAGUAAAAGCCCAACUUAAAGUGGGAGACGAAUCUGAGGAAGAAAUUCCACUGCUAGUACCAAUGGAAAAAACAUCUGCUAAGAAAAAAAAUGUAGAGAUGCAAAAAGGUGCCACGGUAAAGAAGUCUCAGAAAAAGAGUCCUGGUCCCAAUACACCUGUUGGGAAGAAGAGAAAGGCCUCCCCAGCUCUGGAGACCCCUAAAGCUUCAGAGCCAGGAACCCCAGGUAAGAAGAAGCCAAGGAUCAAAGAAGAGGCAGAGAAAGAACGGAACUCUGCACCAGAGAAAAAAGACCUGAGACAGACUCCAAAAAAGCCCGGGCCCAAGUUCUUUGCCACUCCUAGUAAAUCUACCCGAAAAACGCCCCAGACCCCCAAACAACAGCCAAAAAAACCCAAAGUGCCCCAGUCGACCUGAAAUCAGCGGCUCAUCCAGAAGGAAAUAGCCAGAGCUACUUGGAGCUUUAAAAACUAACCAGGCCCUGGCCCCCGUCGAAAACUUCCCCAAGAGUGAGGCCUGGACUUAAAUAUUUUAAAAAAACACCACAGGUAAUUCUGGUGCAUGUUCCUGGGUGUACCAACUUGUGUUUUGAAGUAAAACCCAUUUUUUAAUUGCUUUUCUGUGUAUUUGCUAAUAGAAUGGGGGGGGAGUGUACAGUGCUUAUCUGUGGUUGUGCUUUUUUAUUAUUAAAAUGUAACAUUUGCUUCUGAGUAUUCUGUUGACAUUCCAAGUCUCGUGACUUUUAUUUGAAAGCUUUUGACUUAACGUUUUCCUUAUCCACUUUAAACCACGUUUUCGCACAGGCUCUGUUCAGCUAGUUUUUGCAGGUUUGCUGCAUGAAAAACAGUCACGGAACUCAUGAGAAAGAUUUCUUGGCUAUCGUGCCGAGAGAGCGUACAUACCGUGAGGGAAAUUAUGUGGAGUCAUUUACGAGGGCUCUGAAUUGAACCUUGCCUGUUAGAAGCAAGAAAAUAUUUAUCUUCUAUAAGCCUUCCCAUCUUGCUCCAAAUCACUCCUCACUUACAUAGAUUCGUGAUAUGCACAAUUCUAGGAUAGGAAACUUGGCAGAGUAGACUAUUAGUAAAAGUUGGCACAAUUUUCAAAUUAUUUUAGGCGGUAAAGCACUCAGCUGCUAACCAAAAGGUCGGUGGUUCGAACCCACCACCUGCUCCACGGGAGAAAGUUUACAGCCUUGGAAACCCUAUGGGGUAGUUCUGCUCUGUCCUAUAGGGUCACUCACUAUGAGUCGGAAUCGACGAUGGCAGUAGGUUUCAUUUCUGGUUUGGUAUUCUGAGGCAGCCAGUGACUUUCUAGGUCCUAGACCUUUGGCUGAAUUCAAAUUGGAGUAGUUACACCCAGAAGUAAGUGACAGCUUCACUGUAGUACAGGAAUGUUCUCCCCUGCAGAAGGCCGAAGUGGGACCUGUUUUCAAAGAUGUGUGAUUCAGAAACAAGCAGGAAUACAAGCUUCGGAUCUCCCUCAGAUCGGAGAAGACUGCUUUUGCUUUUUAGUGCCUCCAGUUAAAUUGUAACAUGAAUUUUUAAAUUACAAAAGUCUCUAAAAUACAGAGUUGUGGUAAUCCCACUAUCAUUCAGACUUAAAAGUAUGCAUUUGUAAUGUGUUGUAAGGGUUUACAUACUUAUUCCUUAAAAGCUGGUUUUCCUUGAAAAGCUAGAUUCUAUGGAAAGAUGGUCACAUAGGCUUGGCUUCACUUACUAGUGACGAAUGAAGAUACACUCAGCAGUUGUUGAUAAAUCCUGUGUACAUAUGCUAAUCUCUUCUCUAGAUAAUUUCCUGGGGAUAGCUAAGUUUUUUUUUUAAUCUCCACCCUUUGGCUCAAUAAAGAAUUUGCAGCACCAUGCGAUUCUUAGGCCUGUAGCUUAGACCCUAUCGCAUAGGAUGUAGAUGUUUAUCUUCCUGUUUCACUGUGCACCUAAUAUCACUACAAUAAAUUCCAUGUUCUCUGUAUUGAAAACGUAUUUACUUAAUUUUCUCUUAUGCAGGAUGCUAAUAUUUUGACAAGGAAAGGUCAUAAUUGAAGAUUUGGUGGUGAUAGUUCUGAAUCGUAAUAAAAAAUGUCUGAAUUAUGGUACCAGCUUUCCAAGGCUUAAGAGUUACAGUGGUCAUGAUCCUAGCUGACCUGUAGGGCUCUGAGCCAAUAAAACUCCACGCAGGGGCCAAGGGGCUAUGCUGCAGUAAGUUAGGCUCUGCUGUGGGUUAAGGGGUUUAGCAUGUGGCUGAUGUUUCAUUAGAAGUGGGUGAGGUUUCUGGAACCUGUUUUCCAUAUCAUGAAGACUUAAUGGACAAAAGCAGAUCUGGUGGCAGAAAUGAGGGUAACGUGUUUGUUUUGAAGAAAGUAUUUGCAUUUUAGUUUGUUUCUCAGAAACUAAUAAGCAUCAAAAAAUGCAUUGAAUGUACUUAAUGUAUAAUAAAAGAUACUACAUUUCCAUCUUGAGAUUAAUUAAAAUGAGGGUGUAGAGAAAUUGUUUAAUGUCAGAUUAUCACUGGUCUAAAAACCUUUUCUCCACUUCCAGUUCACGGGUGUUUAAAGGUUUAAACAGCAAAGAAAUCUUCUUGCCAUCUAAUUAGUAUUUUAAAGGUUUUCCAUGCACUUUUUUUUUUCCUUAAAUUGCCCCUGCCUGCAAUUAGCGUAACUGUUCACACCAAGACCCCAGUUAAGAAUUGUGAACCACAGGAAGUCUUCAUGAAUCAUUGGAUCCUAAAGGAAUUAAUGCAUGUGAUGAAAGACCACGAAUAAAAUUUUGGCAAUGGUGAUCAGUAUAAUGGUCCUGGAGAGAGAAAUUCGCAUAUUAUUUAGGUGGCUAUAUUGUGACUCCAGAUUCUAAGUCUCAGUUUAACACUAGUCAUGAAAUGAUUAGCAUUUCCUGUUUAAUUCAGUUUGAGGCAUUUUCUGUGAAGUUAUAGGAAACAUCAAAGCGUAUGUAUAAUUUUGACACACUAAAAAGAUGUCUUAACUUCCCAAAAGACAGAAGCCGAUACAUGAAACACUCAAAUUUUCCUUAUCAGUUUCCAUCAGAAUCCAUUUCUCCAGUGUACUCAAUCUUAACAAUGACACAAGUUCAGACUUUUUGUCACACUCAGCCAUUCAGGCACCAGGUUUUAUCAGUUUUCCAAUUAUCCAGCUGUCCACACAUGCUGUAGCUGUUAUGUUCCCACAGGCUGCCACAGGCUGGCAGUUUUAAGUUCACCCAAGGGGUAAAUGGAUAAAGUUAAUGAAUAAAGUCCUGGCAAUCUGUUUCCAAGAAAUCAACCACUGAAAACCUUAUGGAGCACAGUUCUACUCCGACACAUAGGGUUGCCAUGGGUUGGAAACUAAGGCAUAGAACAUGGCUUAGAACUAGAGCCCUAGUCAAGUUAGUAGCAGCCUUAGAAUUUUGAUGUAGGAGGCAGCACUUUGGCUGCAAAGAGGAAGGUCCAGGGGCUAGGAAACUUGAUGUCUUUGCUUCCCAACCUUAACUGCUCCAUAGGGCUUUGGGUGGCUGAUUUUUAGGAAGUAGAUCACUAAGCCUUUCUACUAGGGCACCUCUGGGUGGACUUCAACCACCAACCUUUCAAUUAGCAGCUGAGCACUUAACCACUUGUGCCAUCCGGGGACUCCUUAAAAACCAAAAUGAAACCCACUGCCCUCAAGUCGAUUCUGACUCAUAGCAAACCCAUAGGGUUUCCGAGGCUGUAAAUAUUUACAGAAGCAGACUACCACACCUUUCUCCUGCAGAAUGGCUGGUGGGUUCAAAUUAAUGACCGUUCUGUUAGCAGCCGAGCACUUUAACCACUGCACCACCAGGGCUCCAGGAACUCCUUAGAAAUAACAAUUUGUGAGUCAAAUCCUCAUUUGAACUAUUUUAAGUGCUUGCUGGUUCUGUCCUUAAUGUGAUAAAUAAAACUUCCGACGUGCUUAUUUUAUGCUUG